CAAUAUCCUGAAGGGUUUAUCUUUCCUGCAACGCGGUUAGAACAUGCCAAAGAAAUACCUCGCACCCUCCGUGACUAUAGUGAUCGUCGUGUAAGUUUCCUUGGAAUUUUGAAAGAGCUGUACUUUGAUGCCGAUUGUCGUUUACAGAAUGGUAAUGACUACCGGCCUCAGAUAGGAUUCACUCGUGAUGUCCCCGGACGAGCAACUCUGGAUGAGUCAGCGCACCGAUUUAUACAGCGCGAGGGAGGCCGUGGUAGUUUUGAUGAGCGCUAUAGCGGAAGAGGGAGCGCGUACAAUGUAAUGGGAGGGAGAGGAAGUUACAAUGAUGUCGGUGGGUAUAGAGGUCGCAAUGGAGCGUCUGGCUACAACCAAAAUCAAGCAUACAGUAGUGGAGGCGGUUAUGAUAGAAACGUACCGUACGUCAGUAACAAUCGAGGUUAUCCAGGAAACCGGAGAGGGUAUCCUGAUACCGUAUACGAUAAUCAGGGAAUGCGAGGAGGUUAUGUGCCAAGGGGCCGUGGAAGUUACAAUGGGCGUGGAACUUAUCGUGAAUGGCGUUAG